AACCCGAUCUGUUUGUUCCCAUCGGAGUCCAACAUAGCGCUAGUCUAUGUAGGGGUGAGAGAAAGGGAGGUGUGGUCUGUGCUCAGAAUCCCUGCCAUUAAUUCGUUCGCGCCCGUUAUUACUGCCAGUAGUACCACACCCUUGCUAUCUGUCCGCCAGUAGGCUGCUGGCGAGAGAGACAGAGAGAGAAAGAAAUCGGUCCAACGAGCAGCCGGCGGUUUCAAUUCAGUGCGAAAAAUGGCAUAUGGAAACAAGAUUGGACGGGCUGUCAUCUGGUGUAUGACUUAGCGGCGAAGAAGCCAGCAGAUAUUAUUAUUACCUAGCCAUCGCCCGCUGAUGCUCGAGGCCGGGCGCUGCCGUUACCACUCCGGCGUGUAUAAAUAGGUGCGAGGGCGAGCCGGGAUGGUCACACAGCAGAGCACGAAGCUCUCUCUUCAUUCCUCCCCCUCCAGUCCACUCCUCCUAGCUAUAGCCGUCAGCCAGCGCGAUCGAGUGAGGUAGCGAUGGACUCCGUGGAUGACCAGCAGCAGCAGGGCCAGAAGAACUACCACCGCCACACCCCGAGCCAGAUUCAGGCGCUCGAGGCGGCGUUCAUGCAAUGCUCCCACCCUGACGAGACGCAGCGCGCCGAGCUCAGCCGUGACCUCGGCCUUGAGCCACACAAGGUUAAGUACUGGUUCCAGAACCGGCGGACGCAGAUGAAGGUGCAGCAAGAGCGGCAGGACUACGACUUCCUCCGCGCUGACCUCGGCCUUGAGCCACACAAGGUUAAGUACUGGUUCCAGAACCGCCGGACGCAGAAGAAGAUGCAGCAAGGCCGGCAGGACAACGACUUCCUCCGCGCGGAGAACGACAGGAUCCGUUGCGAGAACAUUGCCCUGGGCCAUGCGGCCCACCCAGCGCCGACGAUUACUACCACGAGCAGCAACUGCGCGUGGAGAACGCCCGGCUCAAGGAGGAGCUUGCCGGCCUCACCUAUAAGCCCCUCGGCCGCCCGUUCACGCAGAUGCCCCAGCGCACGCCGCAGAUGUCGGCCUGCCGAACAGAUGGAGGUACUCGUGGUAGUAAUGGAGGUACCAAUGGACCCUGAUGUGCCUACACCAAGCGACCCUAGCGAACGGGAGUACCUCCAUUGGUUUGUCACGGACAUACCAGAAGGAGGUGACGUGAGCCGUGGAACUGAAGUGGUGGCGUACGAGCAGCCGCAGCCGACGGCAGGGAUCCACCGUUUGGCAUUCGUGGUGUUCCGGCAGACGGCGCGGGAGGCCAUCUACGCACCAGGGUGUGGCGCUCCAACUUCGUCACGAGAGACAUGGCCGAGUGCUACAACCUCGGCGCUCCGGUCGCCGCCGCCUACUUCAACUGCCAGAGGGAGCCCCAUCUCCCCGCUCGAACAGAUGGGCGCGCACCACCAGCCGUUCGGGGGUGCCGGCCUGUCGCUCGACCUCGACCUUAGCGGGGCCGGCAUGUCCGAAGGGUGUGGGCAGGAGGACUGCCGAGCACAUUUUAGCACAUACAGACAAUAAAAUUAGCACCCAACCAUCAAACAUGCGGCAAUAGAUCUCUCUUUCGUUGAUUCAAACAUGUUCCUCGGCAUUGUAAGCUCAGUUAGUCUUUGUGUUUUUCAUUCUACUCCGAAUUGUAUUGGGAGACCAUAUGUAACUUUCGUUGAUUUAUUUAUAAAUUGCCGACGUUCAAAAACCUA